GAGUCCAAAAGCCCCAGCAAAAAAGCCCACUAGUGACAUGUCCAAAAUUUUCCUUUGCCUUCUCCUCUUCUUCCCUUCACCCUGCUUACUUGCAAGUUGCAACGGCCCCUUCUUUUCUUCUGUUCUUCAUCAUUUCAGUCGCACCUCCUGCGAGUUUUAUUAAUCAUGCGCACUCCAGACUGGCAGAGAGGGAUGAGAUGAAUGUCAUGCAGAUCUAAUACCGUCGAUUUGAUUCAAAGAUUGAGAGCAAAGUAUUUAAUUGCAUAUUUAAUCAUAAUUUCAGCUACUGAGUUUCUAGAAGAGGCUUUAUCAGCUUACUGAAAUUAGUUCCGGUAAGUUGGUAUCGUCGUUACAUCAUGCCAUAUUACAUACAGAGACUUUACAACGCUUGCAAAGCAUAAUUCUCAUGCAUAAUAGUUUCUUCCUCCAUAAACUUUCGUCUUUCAAAUCAAACAUAUUUAAAAUCACAUAGAAUUAGAGGGAGAGGGAAACCAAACCCAAAAUAAAGAUUUAUUUCACCAGAGAAGUAACGUGUAACUGUUACCGUCUUCAAUUUCAUUCCUUUCUAUCCAUUGGGAAAGCUGCAAGCCUCAAUCCUUGGCGAGUUGCUGUUAUUAUUCUCUGUUUGCUCUAAAUCAGCUUGUGAAUUCUUGAUUAAGGUUGUAGUUCUGCAGAUUUUCUCUUUGAGAUGGCUCUGGCUGAUUUGACCAAAUGUUGUAUUAAUUCCAUUCGCCAAAUAUCAGAGCACAUUGAAGAUGCUACUCUGUACAUAGAUUCUGGAUGUACUGAGAGUUUCCAAUUUAUUGGAGCAUUUCCUGUCUUACUAGAACUUGGAGUACGUGCUGUGUGCAGCUUGGAAAACAUGUGUGCUCUCGAUGGGGCGGCUGAUUGGAACACAAAUUUUGAUCCCCCUAGGAAAAUAGUGGUUAUGACAUCUCGUCUACUAAGUGAUGCACAUCGCUACAUCAUGCAAUGCCUGAGGACACACCACAGUGUUCGUCACUGUGCAAUAUUCACAUCUAUCUCAGAGAUAGCUCACUCAGCAUAUCCCGAUUCACCUCUUGGGCCAGAUGCAUUCGGUGAGUAUAAAUCCUUGCUUCUUCAAGAUUAUGAAGAGCUUCUUAAGAUGAGCAACACAAAGUCCAGACAGUCAGAAGCUAACAACUUCCUGGAAAAAUUGACCUUUGAAGAUGAUGGAUGGUCACGGCUUACAUCUAGUGGAGAGAACAUCCCUAAUUUUGAAGCUAGUUCAGUUGGAAAUGAUCUAUAUGAAGAUAAUCCAGUAGGGCUAAUGGAAGAUGUAGGGCAAAAAUUGGUUGUUUCUGUUCAUCACUUUCCUAUGAUUUUGUGUCCUUUUUCAUCUAGGGUGUUUGUCUUACCUUCAGAGGGAUCUAUAGCUGAAGCAUGCUUAUCAAAUGAACAUGAGGAUUCUCUUAGUCCUGGGUUACCUCCAAUAAGUACCAGGUCCUUCUCUGAUGGUGAUGAUGUCCCUCUAGGGGCUACUCUUACAGCCAAUUUUCUUUACCAUCUGGCUGCCAAGAUGGACUUGAAAUUGGAAAUAUUUUCCUUUGGUGAUUUGUCAAAAACUGUUGGGAAGAUUUUGACGGAUAUGUCAAGCCUUUAUGAUGUAGGUCGCCGUAAACGAACAGCUGGAUUAUUACUUAUCGACCGCACAUUUGAUCUUCUAACUCCAUGCUGUCAUGGAGAUUCUCUUGUUGAUCGCAUAUUUUUAUCUUUGCCUCGUAGGAAAAGAACUACAUCCUAUAACCACACGAAAGGUUCUCAAAGCCAAGUCAAAUUGGGGCCUCCUCGCAUACAACGACUUCCUAUUAAUGUUCAUAUACCAAUUGCAAAUAUCUUAAGUAUAGAAGAUUCAGAAAGAGAAGAUUCUCUGAUUUUGCUGAACGUCGAAGCUUUUUUACGUGGGUGGGAUGCAUACAACCAUUCUUGCCAAGUUGUAGAUUUGGUUGAUCUUGGCAACAAAGUCCAUACGGAGAAGUCCCUUUACUCUGAGAUUCAGCUUUUCAAUGGGUCCUUUGUCUCAACUGAAAAUUUUCGUGGAACACCGUUUAUGGAAACUUUACUGGAUAGAAGAACAAAGGAUGGGGCUGUAUUGGUAAAGAAAUGGCUCCAGGAGACAGUGCGUCAGGAAAAUUUAAAUGUUAAUGUGAGAACCCGUCCUGGUUCUGCUACAAAAUUGGAGUUGCAACUUAUGACUAAAGCACUGGCACAAAACCAGUCGACUUUUUUAAGAAAUAAAGGAAUUAUUCAGUUAGGCGCAGCUGCAUUAGUUGCUCUUGAGGAAUCCCAGAGUGCCAAAUGGGAUGCAUUUAUCAGCGCAGAGAAAAUGUUGCAUGUCAGUGCUGGAGACACUAGCCAGAGCCUCACUGCUCAAAUUGGCGAUCUUAUCAACAAGAGUUUGGUAGGAUCACAGGGGAAGAAGAAUGGAAAACAUGAGUCGUCACAAGGACUACUCUCCUUCAAAGAUGCUCUGCUCCUUAUGGUUAUUGGUUAUGUAUUGGCAGGUGAAAAUUUCCCAACAUCUGGGUCUGGUGGCCCAUUUUCAUGGCAAGAGGAACAUUUUCUAAAAGAAGCUAUUGUAGAUGCAUUUCUGGAAAAUCCAUCAGCAGCCAAACUGAAGUUCCUCCAUGGUCUAACAGAGGAGCUUGAGGCCAAUUUAAGCAGAAUGAAAUCAGAGGACACCAAAGAAGCAUUUUCAGAUCAGUUAGAUAUUGAUGAUUUUGACGAUGAUCAAUGGGGUAAGUGGGGUGAUGAAGAUGUAGAUAAUGAUGAUAAGAAAGACCAAGCAUACAAUGACAUGCAGCUGAAGUUGGAGCUGCGGGAUAGGGUGGAUAACCUUUUCAAAUUUUUUCACAAGGUAUCUGGUCUAAAGAAUUGGAAUAUGCAGUUGAGAGAAGAUCCUUUGGACUCUGAAAUCAACUUUAGUGGUGAUUCAUACACGAGUAAGGGAUUACUGUAUAAGCUGCUUAGAAACGUAUUGAGUAAGUCUGAUGUACCUGGGCUGGAGUACCAUUCCUCUACUGUGGGGCGACUUUUCAAAAGUGGGUUUGGGAGAUUUGGGCUCGGACAGGCCAAACCCAGUCUUGCUGACCAAAAUGUUAUUCUGAUAUUUGUUAUUGGUGGCAUCAAUGGUUUAGAGGUUCGCGAAGCGAUGGAGGCAUUAUCCGAGAGUGGAAGGCCUGAUUUAGAAUUGAUUAUUGGUGGAACAACUCUUCUAACUCCUGAUGACAUGUUUGAUUUACUCUUAGGAGAGUCCGCUCACAUUUGAUUUCAGCGCUACUUUACCUUUUUUUUUUUUUUUAAUUUGUUAAAUGAAAAUAAUUAUAUAUGGUAGAAACAAAGUAUGAUAAAGUGCAAAUUGCUCCGUGGCUGGCAGUUCAAAUUAUUCUCUUUAUCUUAGCGAUGGAUGAAUUGACGGCUGA